AUGGUCCCACCGGUGACACCGACUAUGGAACAAUUCCAAACCCUCCAACAACAGCUAGCGGUUGCUCAGCAAGCCAUCACCGAGCUACGCAACGCUAACCAAGCGCAAGUACCCAAUCCACCCCCCCAAAUCAACGCGAGCUACGGUCAACCGAAAAUCCCCGCUUUUUCGCGUGUGGACGUUAACACGUGGUUUCUCCAAGCUGAAAUAACCUUGCUCAACACCGGAAUCAUCGCGUCUCCAACUAAGGCUGACUUCAUCGCUGAGAAGUUGGAUAUCGAAACUCUCCAAGUUGUCUCUGAACUUCUGCAACGAGAUCCACGGCCGGACAACUUGUAUCAACUCAUGAAGGACAAACUGAUAGCAGCCUACAGCUCUUCUGCAGAAACGCGUUUGCGACGAAUGAUGAAAGGUCAAGUCCCCACAGACGGCAAACCGUCUCUCAUCAUUACAAGGCUGAAAGCUCUGAACACUGGUGCGACCGACAACAUCAUCCAAUCCGUUUUCCUCGAGCAGCUUCCAGCCCCUUGCAGAGCAGCACUAGCGGUUUCCAACGUCAUCAACCUCGAAACUUUAAGCGAGAUGGCUGACAAGUACGCCGAAUCAGCAGAGUCGGACCCGGGAUUCAUCGCAGCAGUCAACAAGCCAAAAGCUCCAAGCCUAGAGAGUCAGCUGGCCGAGUUGACGGCUCAGGUCGCGAAACUCGAAGCCAACUUAACCGCCCUAACCGCGAUCGAUCUUGCUCUCAGCAUAGGCAUCCGGAAAACCAGAAUGCGAACAACAAGUCUUAUUCCUCCUCAACGCAAGCUAAUGGGCUAUGCCGCAUUCACGCAAAUCGACAUGGGCGCUGACGUCUCUCUCAUCUCCGUCACUAACCCAAAUGCAAGACCCAGCGAUUUAGUACUAUAUGUAGCAAACGGCACGCCCAUCAAGACCUGUGGCGAAAAGAAACUUUCACUUGACCUUCACCUAGGACGACCCAUCGUUUGGAACUUUAUUGUCGCAGCAGUCCCUAGCGCCUACAUAGGAGCGGACUUGAUCGACAAUUUCGGACUCCUCGUGGACGUGCGUGGCUGCCGCUUGAUCGACAGCCACGCUGGUCUGUCGGCACAUGGCUACCUCAAGUCAUCCGCCGUCGCAUCAGUUAAAAUAAUCGACCAUACGAAUAGAUUCGCAAAUAUCGUGUCGCAAUACCCUGAAGUCUCUAGCUCCAAGCAGACGAAACCUAUAACUACACACGAUAUAUUUCACUACAUCGAAACCUCAGGAUCCCCGGUCGCCGAGCGAGCCAGGCGCCUCGACCCCGAGAAAUACAAGGCCGCUCAAGCUGAGUUCGAUGAGUUGAUUAAGCAGGGCAUCUGUCUACAGUCUAAAAGCCCCUGGGCGAGUCCUAUCCACAUGACGCGCAAAAAAGACGGAACAUGGCGUAUCUGCGGUGAAUACCGUCGGUUCAACGCCGUUAGCAAGCCCGAUAAGUUCCCCGUACCCCAUCUUCACGACUAUCCCGUCAAUUUGCAUGGAAAAACGAUUUUUUCCAAGCUCGACCUUCAUCGAGCCUACAACCAAAUUCCCGUCGCCCCCGUUGACGUGAUAAAAACAGCGAUGAUCGCACCUUUUGGGCUCUUUGAAUUCAUUUUCAUGGCCUCCGCAAUGCUGCACAAUCAUUCCAGCGAUACAUUAAACAAGUUCUCCAAGGCCUAG